AUGCGCUUCACCUCGCUUUUCCCGAUUGCAUGCGUGCUGUUGUUAGCGGUACUGUCGACUGCGUGGCAGUUGGAUGGGCUCUUAGGCAAUGGCCAACUUUUGCCUCGAGCAGAUGACACCGAAACUGCGGCCGAAAGCGCGACUACCGGCGCUUCCCCUUCAGCGGAGGAAACGGCUACUGCCACAAAAUCCUCUGAUAAGGACAGCGAAGAAACGGACUCUCCCACUACAACCAAAAGUUCGUCGGAUUCGAAGACAACCAGUGACUCUAAGAAAACGACAUCUGUUGAUCCUCGCCUCCCUCCGGGUGGUAUUUCCAUGAUCUCCCCGGCAUCGAGCUCAACGACGUACUUCAAGAUCGAUGAGAUAAUCACAUUUGUUUGGAAUUAUACGUCAUUGUCAAUUACUCCCUCCGCGGUGAAUGUUGUUGCUUCCUGCAGUCUCAACAGUGCUACCUACACCAUCUCCAGCAACAUGAGCGUUGAGGAGACGCAGACUGUCAAAUGGGACACUGGAAAAUACCAAGCCAACGCCACUGCUCCGUUGCUCACCGCGACCUACACCUUGAUUGUGUACGAUGAGAGCAAGGAUAUCGAUGACACUGCUGGAUCUGGUGAACUGGAUAAAGGGACCUAUAUGUUCGGGAUGUACGAGCCGCAGCCUUACACCCCCUUAUCCGAAUUUGUCUGUGCGACAUGCAGUGGUGCUAUGUCCUCCACGGGUCUUCUCGGCCUGAAAAUGGCUGUAGGAAUGGGCUUGAUCACAUUCCUAUCUUUCACCUGGUUUGCCGGCAGUUUCGGCAUAUUCUCUACCUGA